AUGCCGAAGAAUAAAGGAAAGGGAGGAAAAAACAGAAGAAGAGGAAAGAAUGAAAAUGAGUCUGAAAAGAGAGAAUUAAUUUUUAAGGAAGAUGGUCAAGAAUAUGCACAAGUAGUUAAAAUGCUUGGUAAUGGUCGUCUGGAAGCUCAAUGCUUCGAUGGGGAGAAGCGAUUAGCACAUAUCCGCGGAAAACUACGGAAAAAGGGUGAUAUUAUACUUAUUUCACUACGUGACUAUCAAGAUGCCAAAGCUGAUGUCAUUCUAAAAUAUACUACUGAGGAGGCUAGGAAUCUUAAGGCAUACGGCGAAUUACCGGAAAAUGGCAAGCUUAUUUAUGACUUUCUUUUUCUUAUUAGAAAUUCUUUAUUUUAA